UUGAAGAUGCUACGAAAAUAUACUUUACGUUAGAAACCUAUGUGUUAAUUCUGUAAUAUGUUGCAAUGUACAAAGACUUGGAAAGUAAUCGAAUGAAAUUCCAAAGUUAGAACAUAAUUUGAAUCUGAAUCUCCUGUAAAAUUGUUACCUAUAGACUAAUGCGAAUGUGUUUAUUCCUUCGUACAUAUGUAUGUACUCGAAGCAUUAUCGUGACAUCGAUAGAGUUUCGUAUAAAAAUGAGUCUUGUUUAUAUUUCGAAUGGAGUAAGUUGCAUUAAUAAAAAGCAAACAAAGAUUGAAUGCGAGGGACAUAUAUACCUAAAGAAGAUAGAAUUUAAGAAACAUGAGAAUCGUGAGAUUCGGGGAAGGAAGAGGGUCGUCUGUAGGUUGAUAUUUCAAAAGUAGUGGGGGAAAAUCUGCAAGUGUUCGGAGAUUACUGAAAAAAUAUUUUCAAAGGGGAUUGAGUUGUAGAUAUAGCUUGAAAGUAGAGAUGCCAAUACAGUAUUUAGACAAUUGUGUGCGAAUCGGUAUAUAACGAGGAACCGCGAGGAAUGAUCAUCAAUAUUCGAAGUCACAAUCGAAGAUGAACAUCCUAACGAUACUCGCCACGACCCUCUUCCUGUGUGGCUUCGUAGCAGCCCAAAGUUCCAGCUCGGUUACCGCGGCGGCUUCUGCUUCGGCAUCAUCCGAAAGUAGAUCAUCGAGACAAAGGAGUUCGACCAGAAGUUUAUUGGACCUAGUGAGCAGUGCCAGGAACAAUGCAGCUUCAACUGCAUCAGUAGCAGCCGGUGCCAGAGCGGCACUUCAAGCGAGUAGAUCUGCGAAUGCUGCCCAAGCGGAAGCGUUAGCGCAAGCGAGAAAUUCCGCUGCUCAGAACGCUAAGGCACGUGCGGCCGCAGCAGCUGCAGCAUCGGCAAUCAAUGCGGCAGCUAGUUCACAAGGACGGGCUACCGUUCAAGCAACCGCAACCGCGGUAGCUGCACAGGCCCUUUCAAAAUCCGCUCUCCAAGCCCAGUCUGCUGCAAGUAGUUCCAAGUCGGAGGCAGCCCAAGCUUCCAACUCGGCUAAUGCUGGAGCUGCUGCUCUUGCGACAGCCUCCGCUCAGGCCCGAGCUACCAAAAAGGCAGCCCUCGCGUUCGCCGCAGCAGCUGCCGAAGCAAGUGCCAAAGCUGCUGCUGCACGUGCUGCCGCUGCCGCCGCGGAAGCUGCCGCUCGUAGGGCCGUUCAAGCUCAGAGAGAUUCCAAUAACGCAGGAUCACUUGCAGCUAAAGCACAAGCCGAAGCCAGAGCUGCUGCAGCCGCAGCUUCGGCCGCAAGAAUCGCUGCAUCAACCGCCGAUGAUGCCAGUGCUCAAGCCAACGCAAGAUUGAAAGCUGUCACCUCUAUAGCAGCCUCCAGUGAUCGUGCUAAAGCAUCCGACGCCCGAGCCUCGGCCGAGGCUGCAGGUUCAGCUAGGAGCAGUUCUAGGGGUGCACAACCUUCUUGGCUCACAAGACAAGCCAGCUCUUCAUCGUCCAGAGCAUCGAGCAGCUCAUCUGCUAGCGCAGAAUCGGAUGCCGAUUCAGUAUCUAUUGCAUCAGCCGAUUCAAGAGCCCGUGCAUCAGCCGAUUCAGAAGCUCGUUCAUCAUCCCGCUCAGACGCUGAUUCAUCUUCCCGCUCAGACGCUGAUUCAUCUUCCCGCUCAGACGCUGAUUCAUCUUCCCGCUCAGACGCUGAUUCAUCUUCCCGCUCGGUCGCCGGUUCAUCCUCCCGCUCAGCCACAGGUUCUUCUUCCCGUUCAUCAUCCGCCAAUGUAGCAGCCAACUCAGCUUCUAGUUCACAAGCCGGAUCUGCAGCAGGUUCAUCGGGUCGUUCAGCAGCCGGUGCAUCAGCCGAUGCAUCAGCCGAUGCCUCCGCUGAUGUCUCCGCCGGUUCCUCUGCCGAUUCCUCCGUUGACGUCUCCGCCGAAUCUUCGUCGUCCUCCUGGUCCUCUUCCGACCAGAAUGUCUGGUCUCUCUCAGAGACUCUCCCUUCAUAUUGAUGAAAUAUCUAUUUCACGGUAGCUUAACAAGCAAAC